GCCCCGUGAGCCGCAGCAGCCUCGGUGCCAGCAGCAGCAGCAGCAGCAGCAGCCGCCGCAGCCGGACCCGGUGUCCCGCGUCGCCCUCGGGGCGCCUUGUCAGUGCUGAGCAGUGGGAAGUCGUCCCGGUGCCUCCGAGCCCGCCGUAGGAGCGCUACCCAGCACUUCUUGGUGGCUCUUCCGGGCCACGCUUUUUCCCUUUCCAUUCAUAAAUCCGAGCCCGCAUUCUUCACUCCAGCGGACCAGCCAUGUCUGACGGCGCCGCGGAGAAGCAGAGCGGCACUCCGGCCUUCCUUUCGCCUCCGGCGCCAGUCCCCAAGAAUGGCUCAAGCUCCGAUUCCUCCGUGGGCGAGAAACUGGGGGCCGCGGUGGCCGACUCAGGAAUUGGCAGGACCGAGGAAUACCGGCGCCGCCGCCACACGAUGGACAAGGACAGCCGUGGGGCGGCCGCUACCACCACCCCCACGGAGCACCGCUUCUUCCGCCGAAGCGUCAUCUGCGACUCCAAUGCCACCGCGCUGGAGGUGCCCGGCCUCCCUCUCUCUGUCCCCCAGCCUAGUGUACCCGCCGUGGUGCCCCAGAGCGCUCCACCCGAGCCUCAGAGAGAGGAAACUUUGACCGCCGCCGUUGCUUCCCAGGUGUCUCAGCAGCCCUCCGCCACCGCCGCCGCCGCCGCCGCCGCCGCCGCCGCCUCCCCUGGGGAACAAGCCGUUGUAGGUUCGGCCACCGCGACCGUCCCCAGCAGUACCAGUAAAGACCGCCCGGUGUCCCAGCCCAGCCUCGUGGGGAGCAAAGAGGAGCCACCGCCGUCAAGAAGUGGAAGUGGCAGCGGUGGCGGCAGCACCAAAGAGUCGCAGGAGGAACGGAGCCAGCAACAGGAUGAUAUUGAAGAGCUGGAGACCAAGGCCGUGGGAAUGUCCAAUGACGGUCGCUUUCUCAAAUUUGACAUCGAAAUCGGCAGAGGCUCCUUUAAGACGGUCUACAAAGGUCUGGACACCGAAACCACUGUGGAAGUCGCCUGGUGUGAAUUGCAGGAUCGAAAGUUAACAAAGUCUGAAAGGCAAAGAUUCAAAGAAGAGGCUGAAAUGUUAAAGGGUCUUCAGCAUCCCAACAUUGUUCGAUUCUAUGAUUCCUGGGAAUCCACAGUAAAAGGGAAAAAAUGCAUUGUUUUAGUGACUGAACUAAUGACAUCUGGAACACUUAAAACGUACUUGAAAAGGUUUAAAGUGAUGAAAAUCAAAGUUUUAAGAAGCUGGUGUCGGCAAAUCCUUAAAGGACUUCAGUUUCUCCACACACGAACUCCACCAAUUAUUCACCGGGAUCUUAAAUGUGACAACAUCUUUAUCACUGGCCCUACAGGCUCAGUCAAGAUUGGAGACCUUGGUCUGGCGACUCUAAAGCGGGCUUCUUUUGCCAAGAGUGUGAUAGGCACCCCAGAGUUCAUGGCGCCUGAGAUGUAUGAGGAGAAGUAUGAUGAAUCCGUUGAUGUUUAUGCUUUUGGGAUGUGCAUGCUGGAGAUGGCUACAUCCGAAUAUCCAUACUCAGAGUGCCAGAAUGCUGCACAGAUCUACCGUCGAGUGACCAGUGGGGUGAAGCCAGCCAGUUUUGACAAAGUAGCAAUUCCUGAAGUGAAGGAAAUUAUUGAAGGAUGUAUCCGACAAAACAAAGAUGAAAGAUAUUCCAUCAAAGACCUUUUGAACCAUGCCUUUUUCCAGGAGGAAACAGGGGUACGGGUAGAAUUAGCAGAAGAGGAUGAUGGAGAAAAGAUAGCUAUUAAAUUAUGGCUGCGUAUUGAAGAUAUUAAGAAACUAAAGGGGAAAUACAAAGACAAUGAAGCUAUUGAGUUUUCCUUUGACUUGGAGAGGGAUGUACCCGAAGAUGUUGCUCAAGAAAUGGUCGAGUCUGGGUAUGUCUGUGAAGGUGAUCACAAGACUAUGGCUAAAGCUAUCAGAGACAGGGUGUCAUUAAUUAAGAGAAAACGAGAGCAGCGGCAGUUAGUGCGAGAAGAGCAAGAAAAAAGAAAACAGGAAGAGAGCAGCCUCAAACAGCAGAAUGAACAACAACCAAGUGUUUCCCAGGCAGGAAUCCAGCAGCUCUCUUCUGCUAGCACUGCCAUACCUACUGCUCCCACCACUUCUGCAUCAGUUUCUACACAAGUAGAGCCUGAAGAACCCGAGGCAGAUCAACAUCAACAGCUACAGUAUCAGCAACCUAGUAUAUCUGUGUUAUCUGAUGGAACAGUUGACAGCGGGCAGGGAUCAUCCGUCUUCACAGAAUCCCGAGUGAGCAGCCAACAAACAGUUUCCUAUGGGUCCCAACAUGAACAGGCCCAUUCUACUGGCACAGCACCAGGACAGACAGCUUCAAGUAUCCAAGCACAAUCUCAGCCCCAUGUGGUGUAUCCACCCUCAAGUAUGCCUCAGUCCAUGGCGCAUCCGUGUGGGGGGACCCCAACAUACCCAGAAUCACAGAUAUUUUUCCCAACUAUUCAUGAACGUCCAGUUUCUUUUUCACCACCUCCUACCUGUCCACCGAAAGUAGCCAUUUCCCAACGACGUAAGAGCACCUCCUUCCUGGAAGCCCAAACUCGCCAUUUCCAACCCCUGCUGAGGACUGCUGGCCAAAAUCUUCUUCCACCUGGUGGCAGCCCAACUAACUGGACACCAGAGGCCAUAGUUAUGUUGGGUACUACAGCCAGUAGAGUAAAUAGAGAGCUAUGUGAGAUGCAGGGCCAACCUGUGUUUGAGCCAACCCAGAUUUACAGUGACUAUAGACCUGGACUAGUACUGGCAGAAGAAGCUCACUAUUUUAUUCCUCAGGAAACAGUAUAUCUAGCUGGGGUGCAUUACCAGGCCCAGGUGGCAGGACAGUAUGAGGGCAUUUCAUACAACUCACCAGUACUGUCAAGUCCUAUGAAACAGAUAUCUGAACAGAAGCCAGUGCCUGGGGGCCCUUCCUCAAGCUCUAUCUUUGAAUUUCCAUCUGGACAGGCUUUUCUGGUAGGACACCUUCAGAGUUUAAGAUUAGAUUCUGGACCAAGUACUGCAUCACCCCUCUCUAGUAUUUCUGCACCUAACAGUACAGAUGCUACACAUUUGAAAUUUCACCCUGUCUUUGUACCUCAUUCUGCACCAGCUGUGUUAACUCAUAGCAAUGAGAACAGAAGCAACUGUGUAUUUGAAUUUCAUGCUCAAACACCAAGUUCCUCUUCAGGAGAAGGAGGUGGGAUUUUGCCUCAACGUGUUUACCGAAAUCGACAGGUUGCUGUGGAUUCAAGUCAGGAAGAACUGCCUCCUCAGUCAGUUGGAUUGCAUUGCCAUCUGCAGCCUGUUACUGAAGAACAGCAUAAUAACCAUGCCCCAGAAUUGACCAUUUCUGUGGUAGAGCCUAUGGGACAGAACUGGCCAAUAGGAAGCCCAGAAUAUUCCAGUGAUUCCUCUCAAGUCACUUCUUCAGAUCUCAGUGAUUUUCAGUCACCUCCCCCUACAGGGGGAACAGCUGCACCUUUUGGCUCUGACGUCUCAUUGCCCUUUAUUCGUCUGCCUCAGACAGUGUUACAAGAAUCCCCAUUAUUCUUCUGUUUCCCCCAAGGAACCACAUCUCAGCAGGUCUUAUCUGCCUCAUAUUCUUCAGGAGGAUCUGCACUCCAUCCACAGGCACAGGGCCAGAGCCAAGGCCAGCCAUCAAGUAGCUUAACAGGGGUUCUAUCUUCACAACCCACCCCACAUCCUCCGCAGCAACAGGGAAUACAGCAGACUGUUCCUCAUCAGCAGGCAGUACAGUAUUCACUUCCACAGGCAGCAUCUUCCAGUGAAGGUACUACUGCACAGCCAACAAGUCAGCCUCAAAUGUCAGCUGGGACACAGGGCUUCCCACCUCGACAAUACCCAGGAGAUUCAAAUAUUGCUCCCUCUUCCAACGUGGCUUCUGUUUGCAUCCAUUCUACAGUCCUAGCCCCUCCUCCUAUGCCGACAGAAGCUUUGGCCACCCAAGGUUACUUUCCUACAGUAGUGCAGCCUUAUGUGGAAUCAAAUCCUUUGGUUCCUAUGGGCAGUGUAGGAGGCCAGGUUCAAGUGUCCCAACCAGCAGUGAGUUUAAUGCAACAACCCCCCACUACAUCCUCCCAGCAAGCAGUUCUGGAGAGUACUCAGGGAGUCUCUCAGGCUACUCCUCCUGAACAAACUCCAAUAACACAGUCACAACCUACCCAGCCUGUCACGUUGGUUUCCUCUGUAGACAGUGCACAUUCAGAUGUUGCUUCAGGUAUGAGUGAUGGCAAUGAGAAUGCUCCAUCAUCCAGUGGGAGGCAUGAAGGGAGAACAACAAAACGUCAUUAUCGGAAAUCUGUAAGAAGUCGCUCACGUCAUGAAAAGACUUCUCGCCCGAAACUGAGAAUUUUAAAUGUUUCAAAUAAAGGAGACCGAGUAGUAGAAUGUCAAUUAGAGACCCAUAAUCGGAAAAUGGUUACAUUUAAAUUUGACCUAGAUGGUGACAACCCUGAAGAGAUAGCAACGAUUAUGGUGAACAAUGACUUUAUUCUAGCAGUAGAGAGAGAGUCUUUUGUGGCUCAAGUGCGGGAAAUCAUUGAAAAAGCUGAUGAAAUGCUAAGUGAGGAUGUCAGUGUGGAGCCUGAGGGUGACCAGGCAUUGGAGAGUCUGCAAGGAAAGGAUGACGAUGGCUUUCCAGCUUCUCAGAAAUUAGAAGGAGAGUUCAAGCAACCAACCGCUGCAUCUUCUGUGCCACAACAAAUAGGUGUUCCUACCAGUUCUUUAACACAAGUUGUUCAUUCUGCUGGAAGACGGUUUAUCGUGAGUCCUGUACCAGAAAGUAGAUUACGAGAAUCAAAAGUUUUCACCAGUGAAAUAUCAGAUGCAGUUGCUGCCUCUACAUCUCAGGGUCCUGGAAUGAACUUAUCUCACUCUGCCUCGUCCCUUAGUCUCCAGCAGGCUUUUUCUGAACUCAAACACGGCCAGAUGGCUGAAGGACCCAGUACAGCGCCUCCAAAUUUCAGUCACACAGGACCAACAUUUUCUCCCUUUUUGUCUGGCAUUGCUGGUGUCCAAACUGCAGCAGCAUCCACACCAUCAGUAUCAGUCCCUAUAACAAGCAGCCCUCUUAAUGACCUUUCCACAUCAGUAAUGCAGUCUGAGGCUGCAAUGCCCACUGAAAAAGGCGUUGCUGGAGUUACCACCAGUACAAGUGUGGCAACUUCAGGUGGCCUCACCACGUUGUCUGUGUCUGAGUCACCAACACUUUCCAGUGCAGUUUCAAGUUCUACAGUACCUGCAGUUGUCGCAGUGUCUACAACAUCCCCUCCAGUUCAGGCUUCCACAUCUGGGAGCAUUGUUUCUAGUACAGGCAGUUUUCCUUCUGGAACAUUUUCCACAACGACAGCUACUAUAGUAGGUAGUGUGGCUGACCCAACUGCUAAGCCUCCAGCUGUAUUAUUGCAACAGGUAGCAGGCAGUACUGCUGGGGCAGCCAUAGUAACACCAGUCUCUACCACCACCCCAUUCCCAGGCAUGGCUUCACAGCUAUCCUUUCCACUUAGUAGCAGCACUUCUGCUCCUGCGUUAGCUGAAACAGUGGUGGUUAGUGCACACUCACUAGACAAGGCAUCUCAUAGUAGUAUAACGGGAUUGCCUUUGUCGUUUUGUGCACCAUCCUCUUCUUCCUCCUCUGGAACACCAGUGUCUAGUUCUGUUUCUCAACCUGGUAUGGUGCAUCCUUUAGUCAUCUCAUCAGCUGUAGCUUCUACACCUGUCCUCCCCCAACCAGUAGGACUUUCUAUACCUUUAUUACCCCAAGUGCCUAAUAUCCCACCCUUGGUACAACCUACUGCUAAUGUACCUGCUGUACAGCAAACACUCAUUCAUAGUCAGCCUCAACCAGCUUUGCUUCCCAACCAGCCUCACACUCACUGUCUAGAAGUGGAUGUUGAUACCCAAUCCAAAGCUCCUGGGAUUGAUGACAUAAAGACUCUGGAGGAAAAGCUGAGAUCUCUCUUUAGUGAACACAGCUCAUCUGGAACUCAGCAUGCUUCUGUCUCCCUAGAGACACCUCUAGUAGUAGAGACCACUGUCACACCAGGCAUCCCUACCACUGCUGUAGCACCAAGCAAACUCAUGACUUCCACUACGAGUACUUGCUUACCACCAACCAGUUUGCCAUUAGGAGCAACUGGCUUGCCAGUUAUCCCAGUGGGCACAUCUGGGCAGGUUUCUACCCCAGGCACACAUGUUUCAGCACCAGUCAGCACUACAACAGGAGCAAAACCUGGAACGACUCCACCAAAGCCAUCUUUAACUAAGACUGUGGUGCCACCAGUGGGUACUGACCUUGCAGUUGGUACUCUACCUUGUGAGCAGCUGCUACCUUUUCCUGGACCUUCUCUAAUUCAGUCCCAGCAACCACUAGAAGAUCUUGAUGCUCAAUUGAGAAGAACACUUAGUCCAGAGAAUAUUACAGUGAUAUCCUCAGUUGGUCCUGUGUCCAUGAUGGCUUCAACAGCAGUUACAGAAGCAGGAACUCAGCUUCAAAAGGAUGGUUCUGAAGGCCGUGUCCCAGCAACUAGUUCAGAAGAGGGUGUUGUUAAAAUGGGGCGAUUUCAGGUUUCAGUUACAGUGGAUAAUGCCCAAAAAGAGCGUAAAAAUAGGUCAGAAGAUACAAAGUCGGUUCAUUUUGAAUCUAGCACAUCAGACUCAUCAGUCCUUUCAAGUAGUAGUCCAGAGAGCACCCUGGUAAAGCCAGAGCCUAAUGGAAUUACUAUCCCUGGCAUCUCCUUAGAUGUGCCAGACAGCGCCCACAAAACACCUGCCCCAGAAGCAGAGUCAGAAACAGGACAGCCUGCCAAAGUUGGACGUUUUCAGGUGACAGCUACAACAAGCAAAGUAGGUCGUUUCUCUGUUUCAAGAACCGAGGACAAGGUCACAGAGCCCAAAAAAGAAGAUUCAGAACAAACUGUUACUCCUGCUGUGAUACCAAAGGAGAAGCCUGAGCUGGCAGAACCUUCCCAUCUGAAUGGGCCAUCUUCAGACCUGGAGGCUGCCUUUCUAAGUAGGGGUACAGAGGAUGGCUCGGGUAGUCCACACUCUCCCCCUCCCCUGUGUUCAAAGAGCCUUCCCAUCCAGAGUCUAAGUCAGAGCCUUAGUAAUUCAUUCAACUCCUCUUAUAUGAGUAGUGAUAAUGAGUCGGACAUUGAGGAUGAAGACUUAAGGUUAGAACUGCGACGACUACGAGAAAAACAUCUUAAAGAGAUUCAGGACCUGCAGAGUCGCCAGAAGCAUGAAAUUGAAUCUUUGUAUACCAAGUUGGGCAAGGUUCCUCCUGCGGUCAUUAUUCCUCCAGCUGCACCUCUGUCAGGGAGAAGAAGGAGACCUACUAAAAGCAAAGGCAGCAAGUCUAGUCGCAGCAGCUCAAUGGGCAAUAAAAGCCCACAGCUUUCAGGAAACCUGUCUGGUCAGAGUGGCACUUCAGUCUUACACCCUCAACAGACCCUCCAUCCUCCAGGCAGCACCCCAGAGACUGGGCACAACCAGCUGUUACAGCCUCUUAAGCCAUCUCCCUCCAGUGACAACCUGUAUUCAGCCUUCACCAGUGAUGGUGCCAUUUCAGUACCAAGCCUUUCUGCUCCAGGUCAAGGGACCAGCAGCACAAAUACCGUUGGAGGAACAGUGAGUAGCCAGGCUGCCCAGGCUCAGCCUCCUGCCAUGACUUCCAGUAGGAAGGGCACAUUCACAGAUGACCUGCAUAAAUUAGUAGACAACUGGGCCCGAGAUGCCAUGAAUCUUUCAGGCAGGAGAGGCAGCAAAGGACACAUGAAUUAUGAGGGCCCUGGGAUGGCAAGGAAGUUCUCUGCUCCUGGGCAGCUGUGCAUUUCCAUGACCUCAAACCUGGGUGGCUCUGCCCCCAUCUCUGCAGCAUCUGCUACCUCUCUAGGUCACUUCACCAAGUCCAUGUGCCCCCCACAGCAGUAUGGUUUUCCAGCUGCCCCAUUUGGCACUCAGUGGAGUGGAACAGGUGGUCCAGCACCACAGCCGCUUGGCCAGUUCCAACCUGUAGGAACAACAUCCUUGCAGAAUUUCAACAUCAGCAAUUUGCAGAAGUCCAUCAGCAACCCCCCAGGUUCCAACCUGCGUACCACCUAGUCAGACGCAAGGGUGUUAACUGAGUAUAUUUGGGGGCAGGGAAUGGAAUGCUGGGGGGUAAGGGGUGGGGAAGUAGCCUAUAUACUAACUACUAGUGCUGCAUUUAACUGGUUAUUUCUUGCCAGAAGGGAAUGUUUUUAAUACCAUUUUGAGCCCUCAAAAUGGAGAACCACCCUCCCUCUCCAUUUGUUGGAGUUCAAAUAAGAAGGAAAGAGCAGCUUUCUGGUGGAGGGGCUGCCUGAAACUGCUUUUUUAUUUCUGUACCCACCAGUAAGGCCUAGGGGCUUUCUGCCCCAAGAGCUAGGUAUAAGCCUAGACCCAUAUGUAUCUGUAAGUGGGGAGAGCUCUUAAUUUUGACAUAUGCCCUGACUUCCUUAUUUCCUCAACAAUGUACACCUUAAGACAAAAAGGUUCUCUCCCACUCUGAUCCCUACUCCUACUUUCUUUUUUUCCUUUUACAACCUAGUCAAAAAUACCAGGGGACUGGAGUUGCAACCCUUUCUUAUAUAGGUCAUUAAUGCUUUAAGCAAAAGAUAUUAGCAGCUUUGACUGCAGCAUUAGCAAUUAGGGAAAAAAAAUGACGUUCCCUGUGGACAUGUAACUUUGCCAUCAGUUUUGAUGUGGAAACACUGUGAUAUAUAAAUGUUGUUGGACAACAUUAGUUUUAAGAGUACAAUUUGAAAGGUUUAAAAGGUUCACAUACACACACACAUAC